UCAGUUUGAAAAAAUAUUAGAAACUGACUCAUUCAAUAAACAAUGUUUGAACCCGUGUUAUAAUACUCCUGGAAGAAUUCCAAGUCCACAAUAUACCCAACACGUUCCUCCAAUCCUAUUUCGUAAACGUACUGAAAAAAUUGAUUGGAAACGCUUAGCGUCGAUUGAUGUAAACCGUAUAACAAAAGAUGUAGAUAUUGAAAGCCUACAAGAAAUAUUAUCGUCUGUCACAUUCUGUGAUAUAACUAACGAAAUAGAUACACGUUAUGUGGAUAAUAACUUGAUAAAACUAUUUCAACUUGCUCAACUUUUAGUUGAAUAUUUAUUGUACUCUCAAGAUUAUUUGACAACGACAAUUGAUUCACUUAAAGAAGAAAAUAAUGAACUUCACAAGAAUUGUGAUAAAUUAAAACACCAACUUCAAGAGAAAACAAAUCGUCUUACAGCAACUCGUCGAGAAUGUCAUCGUCGACGUUUAUUACUUAUGGCUCAACAACAACUUAUGGAUUCUGGUCCACAAUCAUUACACAAAUGUAUCUACUGUCCUAAAGCUUUUGUAAAUGCAUCAUUUCUAGCUACACAUAUUCAUCGUCGACAUCCAGAAACAGAGACUAUGGAUAGAAAUACUCCAGUUUAUGCAACACAACCAUGUUUAAUAACUAACAACACACCUUAUCCACAAGUACAACAAUCACAACAAAUAUAUCAACAGUCUGAUGAUCACUAUACAACGAAUAAUAAUAACAUGAGGUCAUCUUUAGAACAUGAUGUGAGAGAGUUGCUAAACCAAUUGAAAUUGAAUCCUCCAAAUCUACCAAAUAAACAUCAGUCACCAACUAGAUCGAUUGGUUUUGAUGGUGAACAAAAUAAAAACAAUGCAGAUUGGCAUACACAAUUAAUGGAAGAGCAUAGACGUGAUAUGGAAUUAAUGAGAAAAGGAUUUGAGAAAGAACUUCACAAUCUUCAAAUUCAAUAUCAUCAAACACAAGAAGAAUUAAGUAAAUUAAAAUCCAGACCAUCUAUUUCUAAUUUAGGCGAAUUAGAAAAUGAUAUGUCUGGACCUGUAUUUCGACCAAAUCGAGCAAAAUCAGCUAAUACAACACUAAGGCAGUCGACUAAAAAUUAUAAUGUUGAGCAAGGUGAAACAAGUUCCCGUCAUAGUUUACCCAUUGAUGAUGAUAAACAGUCAAAUACUCAUGUCUCAAUUAUUUCCGGACCAACAACAAGAUUCUUAAGACCACCUUAUUCAUUGAAACCACAAUUUAGUGAUACAAUAAAUCAUGAUGAUAAAGAUGAAUCGGAAGCACAACAAGUUUCUCGGGCAAUGGGACGUGUAUUAACUGCUUCAGGGGGUACAAGUCCAACACCAAGUUUAAAUGCAAGUACAAAUAUGUUACGGUACAGUCGUUUAUUAGAUCAAUUACGUGGUGAUCCAGAAACUUUAAGGAAACUACGUCAUGAAGUUGAACAAUUAUUAUUAGAACAAUUAAAUGAACAUGGAAUUAAAUCAGAUCAACGUCGUUUAUCUACAAAUCAACUUAAUCAAAAACUAACUAUUUUACAUAAGGAAAGAGAAAAUCUAGCUAGAAAGCAUCGAAAUUUUAUGGAAAUACGAGAUGCAUUAAGUCAACAUGUUGAUCGUUUAGCGCAUGCUGCACUCCGUGGUAGUACAAUCAGUAUUCCAGAAGCAAGACUACGUGCAGAGAAUAUUCAUAAAAUGAAUUCAUCCUACAAACCUGGUUUGCCUCCUCCAGCAUCACACAGUCCCGGUAGUUUACGUAGAGCUGGAACUCUUCCAUUAGCUUCACAAAGAGUUGAUAUUACAUCUAACUUAGGAGUAUCUUUACCAAUAUUAUCUGUAAAUAAUGAAAUUAGAAGAAGUCAAUCUACCAUGACAGGAAUGAUAAAUUCACCAAGUAAAAAAGGAACAGGAUUCUCUGAAGCAAAACCACGUUUACAAAGAUCAAGUCCUCAACUUCAAUUUGUUUCAGAAGAAAGUAAUUUUGGCAGUAAAUUAGCACCAACCAUGUUUAAACAGAAUCCUACAAAUGAAUCACAAUUACAAAUGACUUCUCAAAAAUAUCCCAACUGUCUACAUAACAGUAAUAAUGAUAAUAAUAAUUAUAAUAAUAACAAUGGUACUAUUCAACAAAAACAAAUCACAUCUAAUUCACCUGAGAUUCAUUUCAGUCAUGAUCAACGAGUUGUGACAUUUGGUACAAAACCAAAUACUACUAAUACUACUAGUAAUUUAUCAGUUGUGCCGAGCAGUGAGGAUGAUGAAUGGGAUUCAGAAACGGAAGAUUUAAAUAUUGUUGCAGCUGAAAUUAACAAAUCUCAACAAUUAACACGGGGAUCAUCAAAUAAACUAACAAAUCCCCUAAAACCAAUAACAUCCUAUUAUAAAUCAAAUCACAGUAUCAAUAAUAGUUCUAUGCAACAGAAAAACAACAGUCCUCAAGGAGUAAAGUUCACUUCAUAUAAAAAUCCAAAUUUAAAAACUGAUGAUGAAGAUAUAUUCAGCGUAUCAUCAAUCAACGGUGGUUUAGCCGAAGAUAAUAGCUUAUCUUUAGCCCAAGAAUUAUCGCCGAGACAUUCAGUUAGAGUUAGUCGGUCUUUGGAUCCGAGCGUAGCAGCAGCACACGCAGAAAUGGCUGCAUUAGGUCCUAGGCCAACUACCAGAGUAGGUGGAGUGAGUAGGCAACCAAUUACUGCAAAGCACACAUCAAUCGGAAGCCCAGAAUUAAGCAACACCAUGGUAACUAGUCUCUGGGGUACUAAUUCUAAAGCCGCAAGUCCAAUUACUAAUGUGAUCUCUGUGGCCAGAUCUGAUGGUGCCUACGAUGAGUUCGAUUCAGACGAUUGA